AUGGGAGAAAUCACCGUGGACCAGAAGUCUGUCUCUCUGGGCAGGUUCCCCAUUGGCUCUCUUCCCUCUACUCCAGGAUCUGCCUACAAACUGGUUUGCUACUUUACCAACUGGUCACGGGACAGGCAGGAACCAGGAAAGUUCACCCUUGAGAGCACUGACCCCUUCCUAUGUUCUCACCUCAUCUACUCAUUCGCCAGCAUCAGUAACAACAAGGUCAUCAUCAAGGACAAGAAUGAUGCGUUGCUUCCCCAGACCAUCAGCAGUCUCAAAACCAAGAAUCCCAAACUGAAAAUUCUCUUGUCCGUUGGAAGGUAUCUGUUUGGUUCCAAAGGGUUCCACCGCAUGGUUGAUUCUUCUACAUUACGCUUGGAAUUUAUCAACUCUGUAAUCCUGUUUCUGAGGAACCAUAACUUUGAUGGGCUGGACAUAGGUAUUUACCCAUAUCUGAAAGACAACACUUAUUUCACUGUGCUGAUUCUUGAGUUAGCAGAAGCCUUUCAGCAGGACUUUGUAAAUUCCACCAAAGAAAGGCUUCUCUUGACUGCAGGAGUUUCCGCAGGGAGACAUAUGAUUGACAACAGCUAUCAGAUCAAGGAAUUGGUAAAAGAACUGGAUUUCAUCAACCUCCUUUCCUUUGACUUCCAUGGGUCUUGGGAAAAGCCCCUCAUCACUGACCAUAAUAGCCCUCUGAGAAAGUAGCAGCUGGACAGAGGGACAAGCUCUUACUACAAUGAAUAUGCUGUGGGAUACUGGAUAAACAAAGGGAUGCCUGUGGAGAAGGUGGUCAUGGGCAUCCCAAUGUAUGGACGUUCCUCUACACUGGCCUCUGCAGAAAACACGGGGGCCCCUGCCCCUGGUCCUGGAGCUGCUGGCCCCAUCACCAAGUUUUCAGGCUUCCUGGCUUAUUAUGAGAUCUGCCACUUCCUGAAAGGAGUCAAGAUCACGAGGCUCCAGGAUCAUCAGGUUCCCUAUGCAGUCAAGGGAAACCAGUGGGUGAGCUAUGAUGAUGUGGAGAGCGUGGAGACCAAGGUUCAGUUCCUAAAGAAUCUAAACCUGGGAGGGGCCAUGAUCUGGUCCAUUGACAUGGAUGACUUUACCAGCAAAUCCUGCAGCCAGGGCUCCUACCCCCUCUUUCAAGCUGUCAAGAGAAACCUUGGCUCCCUAGGAAGAUAACAGAGUCCAGGACAGGCUGGGAGUGGGCGGAGAGCUGGGCAGAGUGGGACACAGGAGACUGGGGGAGAUCAUCUUCACAUAUUUGGAUUGAUCCAUUCUUAUGUCCUUUGGACCUUCUGCCUUGUUUCCUUAUUGAUUAGGCUGGUUCUGUCCUUUUGGUGGGCUUCCCAUAGAUUUUAAAAAUAUAACAGUAAUAAUUUGGUUACUAUUUAUUGAGAACAGUCUGCGCUAAGGGCUUUCUUUUCAUGUAGAGUGGGCAUAAGCAUUGACUCCACCACAAAAUUAUCAGCCUGUUUUAAUUUUCUAAAUCAGAAUAAAUCUGAUUUUAUGUCCCCCACUCACUGCUAAGAAAGCCAAUCUCAGUCGUUAGUAAAGCUCCCUCCCUCUCCACAUCCACAGUUGACCUUACUUUAGACAUUCAGGAGGUCUCAUGGUCAUCACUGAUGACCAAGCCCACUAUUGCCUUAACGGCAGGUGGUUUGGCUCUGCUCCAUCCCGGGGUGCCUGGUUCCCCAGGUGAAUCGUACAC